CUCGCCGCAUCUCGCACGCUCACCACCACACCCCACCUCCACCCACCCCAACACCUCAACAGCAACCAUGUCUGCCGCAGCUCCCAAGAAGGCCGCCCCCAAGAAGGCCGUCGCCGCCGGCCCGUCGUACGAGACCAUGAUCAAGCAGGCCAUCAUCGCCCACCCGUCCGAGGCCCGCACCGGUCUUGGCCGCCCGUCGGUGAAGAAGUACAUCCUCGCCAACAACGCCGCCGCCGCCAAGCUCCCCGCUGCUCAGUUCAACAACCUCGUCAGCAAGGCCAUCGUCCGCGGUGCCGAGAAGGGCAUCUUCCAGCUGCCCAAGGGCGCCAGCGGCUCCAUCAAGCUCGCGCCCAAGGCCAAGGUCGAGGCCAAGAAGGCCGCACCCAAGGCUGCCAAGGCUCCCGCUGCGAAGAAGCCCGCCGCCGCCAAGGCGCCCGCCGCCAAGAAGCCGGCGGCCAAGACGGCUGCCGCGAAGAAGCCCGCUGCGGCCAAGGCCGUCGCGAAGAAGGCGCCCGCUGCCAAGAAGGCUGCCGCACCCAAGAAGACGGCCUCGUCGACCACCAAGGCCGCCAAGAAGCCCGCUGCCAAGAAGGCUGCUGCUCCGGCAAAGAAGGCCGCCGCUGCCAAGCCGGCUGCUAAGAAGCGUGCCCCUCUUGCUCCCGCUCAGGCCGCCGCCAAGCCCAAGAAGUAAAUGGAGCGUCGCCGAUCACUGCGCCUCUCUGUUCCGCUUCUCGUCCGGCAUCGCAUCUGUCUCCGCUCUCAAUUCCGUCUCUGACGGCGCGUCGCCACUGGCGGCGUUCGGCCU